CCUGUUCAUCCUGGGACAUGCUAAUACUCUACGGCGUGAAGAGAUUUGGGGUGAUCUUGUGAGGGAUGCCGAAGACCGCGGGUUGUUCACCAGGGUAUGUGCUGUUAGUUGAGCAAGAGCCCCACAUUCGUAUCUUCACUUUUGCUGACACACGCAACGAACCUGUGUGGCGCUAUUAUACUUUAUUAUUAGGUUGUACCGGGUAUCUUUGGACGAAGAGGAGCCACAUCACCUCAGAAUAUCUUAAAGCCCAAUAUCACGGCCGAUCGCAGGAACGAGAUGUAUGGUCGAGUUGCCGACACCAGGCUUGCGACCGCUAUUGAACGGCCGAUGGCUACUAUCGACGACAUCAUGGAGGUCUCCGUUUAUCCAACUCUACCGGAACCUGGCAAGAACCUAGAACAGCAAGACCGAUCUCUUUUGCAAAAUAGCGUCUCAAGAGGGGAUGAGGGAGAAUCGCAGAAUAGGGAGAAUGAUCACAAGAGAGGUAUGGGACCUUCUGAUAACAGAUACUGGACAGGCCAAGGACCUCCCGAGGACGAGUACAAGGGAGGGCGAGCGCCUAGACCUUCAGGUCGAAUGGACUCCUAUCAGCCCCACCCCCCUCAGGAUUAUCGACGCGAAUUUGAUGAUCAUCGUCGCAUGGACGGGAAUAAGGAUCACUCGCACAAUCCCUCACCCAGACGUCAACACCACUCCAGCGACGGACUUCCGCCAUAUCCGAGCGAUUCUGAGAGCGGUUAUGGUGGCCAAUCUGGCCACUUAAAUAGACCUCCCUCGCCUAAGCGAUCGAAGGCGACCCCGAGCCUAUUCCUGAAGAGCAAGCCCAGGGAUAUGAGGACAGCACCAGGUUCAUCGCGGCAGUCUGACCCGCGCGAAAGGCUUGCUGCUCAGGUGAUUCCGAUCAGGAAGAGCUAUCCCGCUAGACCAAACUAUUCAUCUGGGUCUUCUCGACCAGCCCAGCCUCCACCACAUUACAGCAAGCGUCCCUCGGCGCCGUCGCUUGAUGAUAUUUUGAACACUAUGAACAAGAAGCCUCGUGGAACUUAGUUUCUCAGACUAUAUUUGCUGCAUCUCCUUUCUUUCAUUUUCGCUGGUAUUCAUUUGCAUUUCCUACACACAUUCGUACAUGUACAAUAAACGCGCCUAUAGGCAAGCUGCACCGUAUA